GGGCCGCAGUCUCUCGGAGGCAAAUGCACACGGGAGCUCAGUGAACACACUGUUGUUUAUUAUUAUUGAACUGAACUAAAGACUACAAUCAUAACUCUGACUCUAUUCUCUAACUCUAAACUGACAUUUUUAACUGGCGUGAAGAGAAUUAUUAUUAUUUAAAAGUAUUAGUCUUAUCAUUAUUCUGUCCUGACGCUGGUGAUGAUGGGUAUGAUAAUUAUGACGGGCCCUGCACGGGUGACGGAUCAACCAUGCGCGUGUGGAAUCCGGUGCUACUUCAAGUACUUGUACUGCUGUUGACUUGGACUAUUUUGUCGUGUUGAAGCUCCGCUUCUACCAUUCCAUCAGGACCCGUCACUUCGUCAGAGGUUGUGGCGUUGAUCUAGCGCCUAGCGCCUGCACAUCGUGUGCGAUGACUAUCGCAGUAUAAAAACGUGAUCCGCAAACCGUCAGCUCUCGAAGCAAAGUCCUCUUGUAACGAUUGCAACAACAGCUUGAUAUUAAAUCUUUUCAACGAGCCACGAGCGCUAAAUCCAGCACUCAGCUGAUCAGCUCAGAACACUCAAAAAAGCAUCCGGCCCUGGAACAAUAAUAAAUAUUGCUUUCCCGAGGCAGCAGCAGCAGCAGCAGUUGGGCUAGCGCUCGUUUCCUUUGUCUUGCGUCAGUUUUCAGUUUUCCUUUGGUUUCCGGUGAUCGAUCCAUUUUCAUUGUGCACUGAGUGUGGAAGGCUCAAAAGUAAGCUGAAGUCAAAGCUGGCACGGUUACGGAGUUACAGAGGACUUCUUGGGAUCCGUUUACCGGUAUCAGGGGAGCAAAACAGAGGUACAGGACAUCAAACAAGUGACCAGACAGCAGUACAACACCAGCAAGCGUAGGCAUGUCGAUGCGCAGCCUGUUCAAGCUGGGCAAGUCGCGUAACCAUGCCAACAGCCGGUACGACUCGUUCGACUCCACGGACGCCCUCGGUGGCGGCGGCGGCGGCGGUGGUGACGACCUGAUUACGGCUGUAUCAGCUAGCGCACCGUCAGCUAGCGGUGGUGCACUCGGCGGUAACUACGGCAGCGGCUUGCCAGCAUCGGCGUGGGCCAGCGUGGAGAUGCCCACCGCCGAGGAAUCGUACCCGACACCGCCUAUGUCUCCAAACACCGGCGACGCGGCAUUGCUACCGGGGCAAUCGCCCCAGCUGACGCCGGCCGCAGUCCCCGCGUCCGUAUCGUCCCAGUCGGGCAGGAAGGGACGUCGCAGCACCGCCAGUGGUUCGGCUCAGAAAUACGCCUCGCUGGACGACGACCGUGCGACGCAGCUGGAGGCGGUCGCUCACGACGUCUUCAUCGUGCACAAGGGCUGGAAAGAAGACACGGAUGUCGUCAACACUAUAGCUGAAAAGCUUCACGCCAGUCCCAUGAAGGUCAACUGCAUCACCUUGGCAACGAGCAAGCCGUCGGCCGGUGUCGUCAUGGCGUCGUACCCGCACGACCCGUCCAUCCCGGAGCUCAGCGCCGAGCAUCCGGCCGUGGUCGGCGGUUUCACACGUUGCCUUGAAAACACGCGAUUGUCGUCGUCGUCGCCUGGCAACCAUGCCCCCGGUAGUAUGUUGGCACGGGCGGAGGCUGCAGCCGUAAAGGGCAACAGCAGUACUAGCUCCCUGGCGUCGCACAUGUCAUCGCAGACGCCGCCGAUUGCCCGCGCCUCCACGUCGGCGACAAAGGUCACGCUGCCGAGCCGCACGGUUUCGCUGGGCCGACGACGCGGGCAGAAGAUGCGAUCCGAGGCGGGAACGUUUGACAGCAAUGUCAGACUGAUGAUGGAACGAUUCAAUGCAGCAAAGGUUUUAGUUAUUCUAUACGAUCGUCAGUGUCUUAGUGUGCUACCUGAGCCACUAGUGGCGUUGGCAUGUCUGCAACACAAGCUUAUCGUUCCCGUCACAUUCAUGGGCCAGCAGGGUUUGUUGACACAGCUUAGUACCAGAUCGACAUACGUGUUCAACACCACUAAGUUCUUCUUCGUCGACCGCACGACACGCGACAUGCAGUUCUCUAACGUCGUGUCGCACAUCACCAGCUGUCUACGGCCCAGCCCCGGCAAUCCCCUGUCGCUGCGGGCACCCGAGUCUCUGCUUGUAAACGGGACAACAUCGCAGGGAGACACAACUGCGGCGGUAACCACCACUGGCGAUCUGAUCGACAUCUCCAGCUUCGACUGUGACCAACAACAACAACAGCAGCAGCGGGGACGACCAGCACUGAGUAUUGAUGACUUACUUGGCCUAGGAAGUGAUGAGCAGUCACCGCUGAGCAACCCGUCCACGGUAUCCUUCUCCUCUGCGCCAUCAGACAGCAAGGAAAACGGACGUGAUAGCGGUAGCGGUGGCAGCAGUCCCGAGACGGUUGCCAUGCCUGCACAGCUGGACGACAAGACUACGGGUGAGGCUCUGUGGCGAGAGCUGUUCAAGCAGCAGCAGCAGUCACCUCCAUCAUCGGUCGAUGUUGAUCAGUUGUGUACGGCCGUACGCCAGUACUGCAACGAGCCCAUGGCCAGGCUGUUCCGACGCGACAAGGACCGUGACGAGGCCGCUCAGGCCGUUGCCUCUGCCGUCUGCGGAGGAGGAGAGGGGUCGCGUGUGACGCACGACGAGUUUGUGGCGCUGGUGCAGCGUGAGCUGACGGGCAGCGGAGCAUCGGUGCUGGAGAAGGCCAUGGGCGCGAAUCCGGACUGGGACGACCGUCUCGACGUGCUCCUGUGGUGCGUGCUGUCACGCUGGAUGGCUGAGGUGCUGUGCAGGCUGUCAUAGCCGUAGUCAUGGCAAUGGGUAACCUGCCACCUGUAUAGCAUGGACACUGUCAUGGCAACUCCACAAGUUUAUAUAUCAGUGGUGUGUAUGAAGCGGCACACCGCCAUUGUUGGGUAUGUUUCCUUCCCGCCAUGUGUGCAACAUGAACAUUGUCAUAUCAACUCCACAAGUUUUUUUUAUAUAUUAUCAGUACUGGCGGCAUGCAGAGGAGCGGCACAACGUCAUCGUCGAGUACGUUUCCUUCCGGCUAGAGAGCACGUGCAUCGGCGAACGGGUACAGCUCUCAGCCCUGCUCAACAUCGCAUUGAGAAUAUCUAUCUCUGUCGGCCAGUGAUUUCUCUAGGACCUGUGAACAUGCCAGGUGGCGACUCUGGUAGGCCCAGAGCCACCCCACCCCGUGGCCAAGUGCAUGGGUGAAGGCUGAACUCGAAAAGGUCGGGAGCUACACAAAGUACAACCGUGCCCUUCAUGCACACAAGAGGACACACACAUGCAGCAGUCCCUGCACUCACUGCAAUCACUGUAUUGGAUUGCCAUGAUCUUGAUGCCAUGCACGAUGUGCUUUGUUGGGUUCCAGUGUUCUGUGCAAUAGUGUGUGUUGUGUUUAUAGAGCUGUGUUCAGGUUUGUCAGUGUGUUAGUUGAACUUAGUUCAGUUUUGUGCUAGGUUGAAUGUGUGCGAGCCGUGUUAAAUUUCCAGACUUGAUCACCGCGUUGCGUUCCGUUGUGCGAGGUAUUUUACCUGAAUGCCAAGUGUAGCGUGACAGCAUUAUUAAACACAGUUGCACUGUUCUGCGAUAUCAUCAUCUCCUUUGUCUUCUCUACACUGCAACAGGACUUCUAUAGUAGUACAUAGCAUCCGUUAGUAUCAGGCAACAUUAGGCCAAGUAUCAACAACUGUGAGAGGUAAUAUCUAUAUCAUCACUAUCACUAGUAUGCAUGUAAGUUGGAUGUAAGUCUCACAGCACUGCAGAGUGCAGUGCUCUGUCAGCAGUCACUAGAUUAUAUUAUGUAGCACGGUCAUUUCCCUUCUCUCCAUGUCUUUCUGCCUUCCCGGCUGUCUCUCUGUUUUCUGUUUGUCUCCUUCUCUCCUCGUCUCUCUCCCUCCCCCCCCCCCCCUCUCUCUCUCCAGUUACCUAUCCGUAGGCAGCAGCAGUAGUUCUAGUGGAAAGAGCAGCUAGUGGUAUAGUGGCAUAUUUCAUCUUCUAUAUUUCUAUAGUGACUUUCCUAGUACCCAUUACAUUCCUAUUCAAUUAUGAAAUUCUUGCUGGGCAAGAUUUUUUAAAAGUCAUGUUGAGUUCCUCUUUUUUUUCCAUUUUUAUGUCUAACUUACUACCUCAAUUGUUUGAUCCAAUUGAAGUGUGUUGCUGUAUUGAAGUUGUGUUGUGAUUGUAA